AGUGUUACAGAUUCACAUUACCGAGCGUGUCUCAACCCGUACCGCGCUUUUAUCUGCCUAAAGGUAUCAUUACGCACGACUGGUUAGGCCUUUUGGAUACGCUUGUCAAAGGCCCAAGACAUAAAGUCGCCUGAAAGCUGUGUAGCAAUCAUUCCAUUGCUGACCCAUAGGAUGGUAAUCACAUACAUGAUUGGCUUAAUCUAGAAUCAUGGAUACCUUUCAUACCUUCUCAUCACAAGUUGGAACUAGUGGAACUAGUUGGAACUAUUGGGGCAAUGCAGCCCAAAAUAACAGGGGCCAAUAUUUUCAUGGAGGGAGCAAGACCUGCCAGCAGAGCUCACUGGAGCAGGGAGACAUCCCGUCAUCCUUUUGGCGCCUGACAAAGCUUGAGAUUCAGAUCCUGCUGAACGAUGUUAAGCAGUCGAUUAACCACAUGCAGGGGACACUGAACACCUUGCAGGGGCAGUGUAUUGAGUUGCAGACUGCCAUAUCUAAGAUGUCCGACUUAGAUAUGUUGAGCAUCCUGCUAUGAUGUCCAUCACCAAGCCGGAACAUUCCGAUGCCAACCCUCAGUGCCAGACUGGCUGGCUCAGCUGGGUCUUUGGGAGUGGAAGAGUUAAUAAGAAGGAGGUUCACCUACCUGAGGACAAAGACAGAUCUAUUGUCUGGGAUCCAACUCUGCACAGAUGGGUUAACAAAACUGAGCCCAAGGCUGAGAACAAGUGUGUACCACCACCUCCACCGAUGGGGACAUAUGGAUAUCAGGGGAACACUGGCAGUGUCCCCAAAGGAGUGAAUCCUUACUCUAUGAAAGCAGCAGGUCUAUGGGGCAGCAGAUACCCUACAAUGCAUUACAAUGAUGGGACCAACUCAAAGCCUCCAAGCCAUGGUCCUGGACUGCUUCCUAGACAGCUCUCUGGCUUGCUCCCUCCUUCACACUUUGACCUCAUGGCACCAAUGGUUGUGCCACCUGACACUCUACCCUACUGAGAGGGGCUAUGAGACUGAGAAGGAGCUUUUUUGACAGCCAGUUUAUACUUGUCCUCAACAUCGUCACAAACUAUGCCUGGCUGCUGCCAUCGCCGUGGAGAAUUUCCAUGGAGUCUGUAAACAUGAGGCACUUGCUCAAGUGGCGCCGUCAACAGUCUCCUUGCAGUUCUAUCACCUACUCUGUGCAGUUCCAGGGGGAAUUUGAGCUGACGAUCUUGAAUGGAAGUUGGGAGGACGCGGUUGGUUGUCAGCAGGUCACACGGACGGAGUGCGACCUGACCUUUGACCUUGGUUCUGACUCAGACUACAGCAUCCGCGUGCGGGCAGAGUGCGGAUGGCGUGUGUCACCGUGGGCUGAGCUCGGGAGGCCAUUCAACAGGAGAGAGACAAUCCUGACAGUGCCAGCUAUAGCUGUGACCACCAUGGGUGAUGCCCUUCAGGUGACUUUCAAAGGCCUCCCCCUGACCGUGGGAGUGACUGUGACUAUCUGGAAGAGAGGCGAGUUGGUCAGGGGCAAGUCCUCCUUGCGUGUGAUCACAGUGCAACAGAAUCCGCUCCACAUCGACGCCCUGCAGGAGGGAGCAGUGUACUGCGUCAAAGCCCAGGCCCAUCUGGACACCCACAGCAAAAGCAGCAGCACUGACACACAGUGUGUCUCCAUCACAGGUCCUGGACCUACCUGGCUGAAGCCCACUACAGUGACUGUUAUCGUGGUGAUAUUGGCCGGCCUGGUGUUUUUUCUCUCUUGGUCAGUAACCCACUGUAGCCCAGAGGCCUGCUACGCCUAUUUCCGCAAGGAGCCACAGCCCACUGCACUGCUCCUUGAUUGGCCGCUCACAAGAGUCAAGAUCUAUCCCCAAGAUGAGCUUCGUGAGACAAUCCAUGCCGUCCUUUUAACUGCGCAGCAGUGAGCCAUCCAGUCAAUUGGAUAAGUGGACACAAUCUAUAUGUUCAGAAGGCACAGACAGACCAUAUCAAGUUUGAUUGAUACUGUAGGUUAAUAAGAAUGGUCAGAAGUGAUGAGUCUGGAUUGGAGAAGUCAGGAGGCCGGCAGUUGUUCAGAUGGAGACAGAAGGGUCCUGUGUGGCUCAGUUGGUUAGAGCAAUGACGCUUGUAACUCCAGGGUUGUGGGUUCGAUUCCCAUGGGGGACCAGUAUGAAAAGUGUAUGCACUCACUUCUGUAAGUCUGCUAAAUGUCAAUGUAAAAUGUACUAUUUGUGUUCUAGAUAAGUCAGAGAUGUAUAUGGGUGAUUCUACAGAAGUGGUGCAAAUUGCAGUCCCACCCCCCAAAAAACUGUUAAGUCUCCAAAUGCCCCCUAUCCUAAACAGGUUAGGAACUUCGUUUACAUCAUGAUAUGUUCUACUUCAGUCUAAGACAAUAACGAAGUCAUUGUUUAUACUAUUUCUAUUAACAGGUGGCUAUUCCAAAUCAUGACUCCUAAACUCCAUGUUUGAAAAUAAAGCAAUGAAGGAUUUUAGUAAUUUAUUUCAGUAGAACAUCUUGACUUGUUUUAUUGAAGAUACUGAUCUAAUUAUUAAGUUUUAAAGUUUAAAAAUAAACACAUUUUUAAGUGAUCUCACUACCGAAAUACACACUAAAAGCCUGUAGAAUGAUUGUGCCUUAAGCCGCACCCCUACAACUAUCACCAGGUGACGGGAUUGCACCCCUCUACGUGGCCACAUGGUGAGUAGUGUGUUUGCAAAGAUUUGAGAAAACUAGUGAGCAAGUUGGUAAAUCUUCAUGUAUUUUUAAGAAGUGUCACUACCUAUCUAAUAUAUCAACAAAUAUGUAAAGUACGGUUUUGGGACAAAAAUAUACAGUAUGUUUGCUGGGAUGUACAUCUGUCCAAAUGAAAGAUCGCCCUCCAUAUGUUAGCUAUGGGGAUUCUUUAUUAAAGUCCAAAAUAAGUCACAAUUGUCCAAGCUGAAAUGGUCACAACCCAAACAAUUAACACCAUUAACGAUGCGUGGGUCAGCUGUUUGUUCACCUGCACCAGCCCGCAAUUGGUAAUAACCCUAUUAGACUAUAUGUGAUAAAUGUACCUUUUUAGAUAGGCCUAUGUUUCUGCUUAUAAUUUUAGACAUUUUUGUAGGCAUUUUGGGAGUCAACUAGUCUAUAUUUAGAUACAUGCAGCUUCUCUUCUAUCAUUACUUGUUGCCCUAGAAUACUAAAUAAACCCUUGCUCACCUGAA